ACGGAUCAUCUUGGCUCGAGCCGCCAUGUUUAUUGCGGGCACCACCAAGAGACAUUGAGAAAAGCUGUGAACUCCAGUGUCAUUCAGAUAGAGGCUGGCUCACACACCGAUGGAGUCACAGGGCCCCCGGUUAGAUGUGGGGCCCCCAGGAAACCCAGUCCCCGGGAGAUGUAGUUACUUUGUGCAGAGGAAGAGGAGGUUCUGUAAGAUGGUUGUGUCCGAGGGGAAGAGAUUAUGUGGGGAACAUGCCCAGCAUGGGGAGGUAUGGAAUACAUUUACUCACACACAUUGAUAUAAAACAUAAACAGGAGAGAUGGAAACUAAGUGUGUAGAUGCAGUGGUUAUGGUGGUGGGAGUCCUGGUCAAUGAAAAGUUCUGCUUUACAAUAUAACAUUAUAGCAAAACUUUCACUUCUCUUGUUCUUAUAACAACUUCAACUCAUUGAAAUUGUUAGGGGGCUGGAGGGUCCCCAGCAUUGUCUUACCUUCAGAGGGGCUGGAGGGUCCCCAGCAUUGUCUUACCUUCAGAGGGGCUGGAGGGUCCCCAGCAUUGUCUUACCUUCAGAGGGGCUGGAGGGUCCCCAGCAUUGUCUUACCUUCAGAGGGGCUGGAGGGUCCCCAGCAUUGCCUUACCUUCAGAGGGGCUGGAGGGUCCCCAGCAUUGCCUUACCUUCAGAGGGGCUGGAGGGUCCCCAGCAUUGCCUUACCUUCAGAGGGGCUGGAGGGUCCCCAGCAUUGUCUUACCUUCAGAGGGGCUGGAGGGUCCCCAGCAUUGUCUUACCUUCAGAGGGGCUGGAGGGUCCCCAGCAUUGUCUUACCUUCAGAGGGGCUGGAGGGUCCCCAGCAUUGUCUUACCUUCAGAGGGGCUGGAGGGUCCCCAGCAUUGUCUUACCUUCAGAGGGGCUGGAGGGUCCCCAGCAUUGUCUUACCUUCAGAGGUGCUGGAGGGUCCCCAGCAUUGUCUUACCUUCAGAGGGGAUGGAGGGUCCCCAGCAUUGUCUUACCUUCAGAGGGGCUGCAGGGUCCCCAGCAUUGUCUUACCUUCAGAGGGGCUGCAGGGUCCCCAGCAUUGUCUUACCUUCAGAGGGGCUGGAGGGUCCCCAGCAUUGCCUUGCCUUCAGAGGGGCUGGAGGGUCCCCAGCAUUGUCUUGCCUUCAGAGGGGCUGGAGGGUCCCCAGCAUUGUCUUACCUUCAGAGGGGAUGGAGGGUCCCCAGCAUUGUCUUACCUUCAGAGGGGCUGCAGGGUCCCCAGCAUUGUCUUACCUUCAGAGGGGCUGCAGGGUCCCCAGCAUUGUCUUACCUUCAGAGGGGCUGCAGGGUCCCCAGCAUUGUCUUACCUUCAGAGGGGCUGGAGGGUCCCGAGCAUUGUCAUACCUUCAGAGGGGCUGGAGGGUGCCCAGCAUUGUCUUACCUUCAGAGGGGCUGGAGGGUCCCCAGCAUUGUCUUACCUUCAGAGGGGCUGGAGGGUCCCCAGCAUUGUCUUACCUUCAGAGGGGCUGGAGGGUCCCCAGCAUUGUCUUACCUUCAGAGGGGCUGGAGGGUCCCCAGCAUUGUCUUACCUUCAGAGGGGCUGGAGGGUCCCCAGCAUUGUCUUUCCUUCAGAGGGGCUGGAGGGUCCCGAGCAUUGUCUUACCUUCAGAGGGGCUGGAGGGUCCCGAGCAUUGUCUUACCUUCAGAGGGGCUGGAGGGUCCCGAGCAUUGUCUUACCUUCAGAGGGGCUGGAGGGUCCCAGCACGGUCUUACCUUCAGGGGUUGAACUACUUUUCAGCGGUUCAACCCGAGAUUUGGUCCUCCAGUGUCCAACGUUGCAACUUCCUACCAGCCCCCAUCGUAUGAGAAAGGUUUGUCCAGCUGAGUACGUACAAGCUCUACCAUGGUGUAUACAAGGGACUUUGCUAGGGAAUCCAUACUUGAGACUAGCACAACAUUACUUCAGAAUUAAAAAUUAAAACAAACGGGUAGGAAUGUUUGGUACAUAGUAUAAUCAUGUGUACUUUUAUUCCAGGAACAAAACAGUCGGAAGCGUAUCCCUUGCCCUUUGGAUCCCAAGCAGUAAGUUACUAAGCUUUAACUACUUUUGAUUAAUAUAUUUUAGCUGUAAAUCUUACCUUCCCCCUCCCCCUCCCAUUGUGUUUUUUUUGUUUUUUUUAAUAUAGCACAGUGUAUGAGGAUCAGCUCCAAAAACACCUUAAAAAAUGUAACUCCAGAGAGAAACCACUGCCGGUAUGUAGUAUGUCAUACGUCUGUUAAUGAAUGCAAUUCACCCAAAACACAGUAGCCAUUUCCCUACUAAUUGUUUUCAGUUUUAUGUGAUCUCUAAAGGUUUUGCUGAUAAAUCUGUUAUAAUUAGGGUACCUGCUGUAAAUUGUCUUGCAUUUGGGUCUAUAAACUGAACACGAAAUUGUAGUGAAUGGAAAAUUUCAUUAAAAAAAAAAAAAAAAAGGCUAAAAUAGCCUAGCUGUGUCUAUAACCUAGAUGGUUAUUUUUUUUACCAAAUGUAAUGACUUUUUUUUUUUUUUAACCAAAUAAGAUGCUUUCAUUUUUGUGCUUUAAAAAUUCUUUAAAUUCUUUAAAUUAAUUAGUACUGUCUUCUAGGAGUGUUGAUCUUUUGGUUGAUUUAAAAUUCAUCCAGGGUCAACUUUGGUAAUUUUAACAUGCUUUUUAGGUGUUUUAUAUGCACAAUGUGAACGCUGGAUCACUUGAUAGAGUCUCGUGUGAAGAGCAGGUAUGAACAAAGUGUUUUCUUAUAAUUUGGGUAGAAUGUGACGGCAGAUAAGAACCAUUCGUCCCAUCUAGUCUGCCCAAUUUUUUAAAUAUGUUCAUUAGUCCCUAGCCUUAUCUUAUAGUUAGGAUAGCCUUAUGCCUAUCCCACGCAUGCUUAAACUCCUUUACUGUGUUAACCUCUACCACUUCAGCUGGAAGGCUAUUCCAUGCUUCCACUACCCUCUCAGUAAAGUAAUACUUCCUGAUAUUAUUUUUAAACCUUUUCCCCUCUAAUUUAGGACUAUGUCCUCUUGUUGUAGUAGUUUUUUCUUCUUUUAAAUAUGGUCUCCUCCUUUUUUAUUAUUAUUUUAUUAUUUAUAUAGCACCAUCAUAUUCCGUUGCGCUGUACAUUGGGUGGACUAAUAGACAUGUAAUUUUAACUCUGCUCAAUGAGCUUACAUUCUUUAAUGUGUUGAUUCCCUUUAUGUAUUUAAAUGUUUCUAUCAUAUCCCCCCCCGUCUCGUCUUUCCUCCAAGCUAUACAUGUUAAGAUCCUUUAACCUUUCCUGGUAAGUUUUUAUCCUGCAAUCCAUGAACCAGUUUAGUAGUCCUUAUCUGAACUCUCUCUAAAGUAUCAAUAUCCUUCUGAAGAUACGGUCUCCAGUACUGCGUACAAUACUCCAAGUGAGGUCUCACCAGUGUUCUGUACAAUGGCAUGAGCACUUCCCUCUUUCUACUGCUAAUACUUCUCCCUAUUCAGCCAAGCAUUCUGCUAGCAUUUCCUGCAGCUCUAUUACAUUGUCUGCCUACCUUUAGGUCAUCAGAAAUAAUCACCCCUAAAUCCCUUUCCUCAGAUGUUGAGGUUCGGAAUCUAUCCUAUGCACGGCCUGAUCUCUCUUGAAUUUUAAAUACAUUGACUCACAGACCCCGGGUAAAUUGUCAAGCUAUUCACAAAGCUUGACUACUUACCCUGCAAGGCCACCGAGGCACUCCUGGCACCAUAUCCACUACAGCAGUGGUUAUGGUACAUGGAGUGCUCUUGUGAAGGCACACAAUAGUCACCUAUAUCACUUCAUCUCAGUGCAGUGGUCCUGUCAUUUUUUUCCCUGCAAUGUAGAAAUAGCAUUAUUAACAUGGAAGGGUUAAUACACUGCUUGUCUGUCUGACAGCCACUAGAAGUUCUUCUCCCUCUAUAGCCGGCUAAUGAAUCAGAUUGGUCUCAUAGUGACCAUUUGAUUGGUUUAAUUGGAUGGUUUGCCGAGAUAAUCUUUCUGCAUUCAGCCAAGGAGGCGGAGUAGCAUUGUGGAGAUUGGCAUGGCAAGGUACGUAAAACUCUCCUUUUAAACGCUCAAAGGCGGGGGGGGAGGGGGAGGAGCAUUGGAAGUACAUGUAUUUCUAAUGCUCAAAUGUUCCUUUAAGAGCAUUUGUUCUGAUGCCCAGGUUCUUCAAAAGUGACUUGAAACAAAUUGGGUUUUCUUUUUAAACACGUAUGCUUUACUAUAUUUUCAAUGUACUUCCCAUGAGCUGUUUAUUCUCUACACAUCUUGAGUUACAAUACAAAAGCGGCUUUUAAAGGACCACUAUAGUGCCAGGAAAACACUCUUUUUCCUGGCACUAUAGUGCCCUGAAGGUGCCCCCACCCUCAGGGUCCCCCUCCCGCCGGGCUCUGGGGGGAGGAAAGGGUUAAACUUAUCUCUUUCUCCAGCGCCAGGCGGGGAGCUCUCCGCCUCUUCGGCUGAAUGCGCAGCAAGAGCUGCGCGCGCAUUCAGCCAGUCCAUAGGAAAGCAUUCUCAAUGCUUUCCUAUGGACGCAAGCAUCUUCUCACUGUGAAAAUCACAGUGAGAAGCGCCGAAGCCCUCUAGCGGCUGUCAAUGAGACAGCCACUAGAGGCUGGAUUAACCUAUAGGUAAACAUAGUUUCUCUGAAACUGCUAUGUUUACAGAAAAAAGGGUUAACCCUAGAUGAACCUGGCACCCAGACCACUUCAUUAAGCUGAAGUGGUCUGGGUGCCUAUAGUGGUCCUUUAAAGAAACACCCAGUUAGCGGUUUACAUGCUAUGUAUUACACAUAGCAUAUGUUGGUGCCUAGAGUGUAGAUCAACAGUUUGCAUUAGUGUUUUUGAUUUUGUUUUUGAGACAGCAGCAAGCAGUGAAUCCUCUCCCAAUCUCUUCCUACAUUUAGGUGGCCAUCAGUUCCAUGUCACGAGAAGAUCUUCAAAAGUUUAUAGAGAUACUGGUACAAGUAACAACUGGUGGGUCCAGCAAAGCCUAAUGUUCAAUAGUCCUUAAGUUGUAAUAGUUUAUUUAAAAAAUUAUAUAGAAUUGUUACUUUUCUAAUUUUAAUAUAUACAGAUAACACACAAUUUAAAGGCAAAAUAACCAUUGUUGAUUUUCUGUUAAAAAAAUAAAUAAAAUAAUAUACAGAAUAAUUACUUUACAGAGAAGAUUGUAUUUUAAAUAGUUUCUGAAUUUUAAACCUGCAAGCUUUACCAAUCUUAUACAAAUACUUGUACAUGUAAUUCUAUUGUUUUAUUUCUUUGAUAGUGAAGGAGUUAAAUAUAUUGUCAGUGAGAAAUCCAGAAAAUCUGUCACAAUUUUAAACAGAGUAUAAAAGAUGAAAUGUGAAUAUUUGUGCAGGACUGAACACUCCAUUACCAGACAAGAAACUUCGGCACUGGGCAUUACAAGAAGCCUUAAAUGAUCCUGUGAAUGGAGAGUCUGCUGCAAAGCACUUAAAGCAACAGGUUAGAGGAAACUGGGUUAUUCUGACACAGAUACAGCUUUAUUUUUAAUGUUUCCCACAGCACAUACAGUGGACAUUAAGUCUUAAGUUCAGUGGACCAUAUAAUCCUUAAAGGGACAGUAUAGUCACUAUAACAACUACAGCUUAUUGUAUUUGUGCUAAUGAGUAGAAUCAUUCCCUUCAGGCCUUUUGCAGUAAACAGUCUUUUCAAUAACUCCACUGGCCACUCAGAUGGCUGGUAGAGGUGCUUCCUGGGGUACUGCUGCACACUGUGCAGUACUGCCAUUCACUGUCUCCACCCUCUGCAUGCAAACACUGAACUUGAUUCAAUGCAUCUCGAUAAGGAGGGUGUGUUUGACUUGUGCUUUGCCCCUGAUCUCCUUCCUUGACAGUCUCAGCCAAUCAUAUGGGAAAGCAUUGUGAUUGGCUCACAGAAUCAUUUCUGAUGAUGUCAGCCAGCUGUAAGAUCAGGGACAGAGGCAGUGCUGCAGACUUGAAUAGAAGUACGAUUUUACUAUACUGUACUUAGCGAGGCUAGGGUACAAGAUGCAUAUAUUGGAAGAAUUAUGUGAUGGAUUUCAGCUCAACAUGUAGUGAUCUGUCUCCUUCCUGUCCACAGGCUUCUAUUUUGGGUCACUUGGACAGUUUGGGUUUGCUAGGAGGCUCUAGAUGCUUUGUAGAAUUUGGUGCAGGACGUGGCAAGCUGUCCCACUGGGUGGACAUUGCUUUACAAGAUGCUGAAAAUGUUCAUUUUAUUUUGGUGGAGAGAGCUACUACAAGAUUUAAGGUAUGAGUCUGCAAACCAACUCCUCCCACCCCCUUAACACACACACAUCCUCACACCACAAAAAAAUCUGACAAAUUAACAGCAUGGAUAAUGUCUACGAGAGUCUUGAAGCAGUUCAUAACCAGGAACAUAAAAGGAAAAAAGCCACACCAAGUAAUUUAACAGGAAUCUAUGCAGAUAAGAGGAGGUUCUUACCUUACUAGUAGAUUUCUAUCCAACAAUCCACAUACAUUUGGCAACAUUUUCUACUCAUUGUAAUAACUAUGGUACUAGCAAACAACUGGUACCAUGCUCACAACCGUUCUAUUAUUAUUUUAUUGUUUAAACAGUGGCAGCAAAUUCCAUAGCGCUGUACAAUGGGUGGACUAACAGACACGUAAUUGUAACCAGAAAAGUUGGAUGCACAGGAACAGAGGGGUUUAGUUCCCUGCUCAAUGAGCUUACAUGCUAGAGGGAGUGGGGUAUAGUGACACAAAGGGUAAAAGUAGGGAUAACUAAGUGCAAGAUGUAUCAAUGGUGCUUGGACUGCCCCUUUAAAUCAAUACAACCGGAUCAUUGCUUCUUACAUUUUAAUGAUCAAUAAAAUUACUUACCAUCAUCACAGUCAAGUCUGUAAAUAUCUCAUGCUUGCAUGGCAGGUCCUAUUUAUUUGGAAUGCUAAGCUUUACAGAACCCUAUCCUGACAUUCCAGUUUUUAAUAGGAUCCUUAAAGGGACACUUCACUGCCCAAAGAAAAAAUCAUUGUUUAGUAGAUCUAUCCACAAUCAAAAUAUGAACACAUUUAAUUAUGCAUUUUAUUUCAGUGAGGGUAUAACUAAAAAUAUAUUGUAAAAGCUGCAUAUCUGAAGCCUGUCCAGACUUUCUGUGGCCUGUCCAGACUUUCUGUGGCUCUUCCGUUACAGCCUUCCAAAUGCAGCUCACUGAGAAGUCUUUGCAAGGCAGAUGCUCUAAACAAUCUCCUGCCUCUUACAUUUAGCUCAAUUAAGCUAAGCCAAGAAAUAAGAGGACCGGUUGUCAGAUAGCCAGAGCGGUGCAACAAUGAAAUUUUUAAAAGUGCCAAUGUCUAUUAAAAUCUGCACUUUUUGUAAAAUGUAAAAAAGGAGACACGUUCUUCACACAGGGGUAAGGUGUUCCUUUAAAUAUUAGUUUGUAAUGAUGACAUGGAAUAUUAUUAGUCUUAAGGUAUUAAACCUCAUGUGAUGUCACCCUUUAGGUAGUUGUACGUUUCCUAGUCCAAAUAUUUGUUUUCAAAUAUUUAAUGGUUAGGCUACAGCUCCUUUAUUUUUAUAGGAGUAUUGUAACUGAUUCUGUUCUUUACUACAGGUAGAUGGGAAGCAGAGAAAAUCUACUUUUGAGAGGCUUCAUAUUGACAUUCAGCAUUUGUGCUUAGGUUGGUGUGAUCACAGAUACAGGGGUGGUUAAAGAAAUGUUAUAAUACAACAGUGUAAAACUAAUUUGUUUUUCUCAGAUAGGGUGCCCAGCCUUGUUCAGAAGCAACUUCCAGUCAUUGGAAUUGGAAAGCACCUGUGUGGAGCUGGGACAGGUAGGAGCAGUGUCUUGGGGAAGCUUACAUUCUAUAGGAGGUGGGGUGUAAAACACAUUAGGACAGGAAUUUGCAGUCAAAUGAGGUGGGCUGCCCUUUAGGAGAGAGCAAGAGACAGGUAUGUGAGGUAGAGGUUACUCUGGGAGGCCAUAAGCUUUCCUAAAGAGAUGGGUUUUAAGGCACUUCUUAAAAGAUGCAAGACUAAAGGAGAGUCUGAUGGCGGUAGGUAGGCUAUUCCAUCGGAAGGGAGCCGCCCGCAAGAAGUCCUGCAAGCCUGAGUUGGCCGUACGGGUGUGGACAAUGGACAGGAGGUGGUCACGGGCAGAGCGGAGAGACCAAGAAGGGACAUACCUGUGGAUCUGUGAGGAGAUAUAAGAGGGGCUGGGGUUGUUCAGUGCUUUAUAGGUGUGAAUUAGUACCUUGAAUUGACUCCUAUAGCAUACAGGAAGCCAAUAUAAGGACUGGCAGAGGGGUGAGGUGUGAGAGAAACGACUAGAGAGAAAAAUCAGUCUGGAAGCAGCGUUCAUUAUGGACUGUAGCGGUGCAGUACGGCUUUUGGGAAGACCAAUCAGGAGAGGGUUACAAUAAUCCACGCGGGAAAUUACUAGAGCAUGGACAAGCUUGUGUAAGAAAGGGGUGGAUGCGGGCUAUGUUUUUAAGAUGGAAUCUACAGGAUUUGGCAACAUGCUGGAUGUGAGGCUCAAAGGUGAGGUCAGAAUCAAGUAUGACGCCAAGACAGUGCGCUUGCAAGGAUGGACUGAUGUUGAUACCACUAACUUGAAGGGAGAGCGAAAGAGCUGGAUCAGUAUUAGGAGGAAGAAAGACAAGGAGCUCAGUUUUAGAGAGAUUGAGUUUCAGAAAGCGGGAGGACAUCCAGUCAGAGAUGGAAGAAAGGCAAGCAGUGACACGUUCCAGGACGGCAGGGGAGAGGUCCGGGGAGGAGAGAUAUAACUGGGUGUCAUCAGCAUACAGAUGGUAGUGGAAUCCAGUUUAAUAAGUUUGCCAAGAGAGGCAGUAUAAAGAGAAAAUAAUAGGGGACCAAGGACAGAAGCAUGGGGAACUCCAACCGAGACAGGACGAGGGGAGGAGGUAUCAUUAAAAAAGGAGACCCUGAAUGAGCGUUGGGAGAGAUAAGAGGAAAACCACGAGAGGACAAAGUCACAGAGACCGAGUGAUUGAAGAGUUUGAAGGAAAGCAUGAUCAACGGUGUCAAAGGCCGCAGAGAGGUCAAGAAGAAUUAGUAUGGAGUAGUGGCCUUGGGAUUUAGCUGCGAUUAGGUCGUUAGUAACUUUGAUAAGCGCAGUCUCAGUAGAGUGGAGGGGCCGGAAGCCAGAUUGAAGAGGGUCAAGGAGAGAGUUGGAAUUGAGGAAAUGAGACACACGGGUAAAGACAAGUCUUUCCAGAAGCUUUGAGUAGUAAUUAAUUAUGUGAUUAUCUGAUAUCCAUUGAUUAUCAGAAUUAUAUCAUUGUUUUAGUAUACAUAAAAUAUAUUUGAAGGCUGACUCCUUAAUAUACCAAGUGAUGUUGAAAAAUAAAAUCACUAUGCAUAAAUUGUAGCAUAUGUUUAAAAUCUAGGCACUUAGAGAUUUGGACACUAAACCUUCUGCCGACCAAUGUGCAUAUGUUGGCCAAUUUAGUGUGGGUAGAGUUUGGCUUUUUUCAUUUUGCUACUCUGGCCUAAAUGUUACAAGUUGGUUGUUAAAGUGCUAUUACUCACUGCUUAGAAAUUAAACCCCUUAGAAAUUUGUUAUUAUAUAAUUCUUCUUAACAUGAGACUUUUGUUCUAUAUAUGUUAUAAAUUGACCAUUAUAUUUGUAUUAUUGCAGAUCUGGCAUUGCGUUGUCUUGCACAGACUUACUUUUCUCCAUUGGGAGAUCCUCCGUGCAAGCGUCCAAGACUAAAUCCCACUGGGGACAAUUCAGAUGAAAAAGGGAGCAGUAACUCUCCACUAAAUCAAUACAGCCCUGUUGCAGGAAUCGUUCUUGCUUUAUGUUGUCACCAUCGAUGUGACUGGCAAUUCUAUGUAGGGAGAGACUUUUUCAAAAAUCUAGGCCUUGGGCAGAGAGAAUUUAACAUUUUUCAGCGCAUGUCCAGCUGGGCAACGUGUGGGUUCCACAAACUAGCAACUGAUGUGUCUCAUGCCGGUAAGAAGAAUGACCCAGAGGAUGAGGAAGACAAUAAAGAUGAGCAGAAGAAUUUAGACUGUAAUUCAGAGACCAUCCAACGGUGAGACAGAACUUCACAGUUUUAUAUAAAUGUUCAACUACAGUCUUAAAAUUAUAUUUUAAAGUCCUGUCUGUGUUUUUAAGGUUUCUGACUGUGGAUGAACGUGAGCAUUUGGGACGUCUCUGUAAGCUCCUGAUCGACCAAGGACGUCUACAUUACUUGAAAAGCAUUGGAUAUAGACCAACACUACAUUAUUACACAGACCCUGAGGUUUCCUUAGAGAAUGUUCUACUUACAGCCUUACCCCAACAGCAUAAUUGAGGGCUGCAAGCUAGUUGUUUGUUUGAUUUAUAGUUGACAUACAGUGCAGAAAUGAGUCUACAGAGAGGAGUAUGGAUUACGAGUAUUUUAAACCCAUCCAGAUCAACAUGUCCGAGACACAGAAUUGAGAGAUUUGCCCCAACCUAGCUCUGAAGGGGAAAAUCAGGACAUAAAGCUGUUUUUUGUGACACAUAUGAUAAACUCUGAUAAUAGCUUGCAAAGGAGAUUUAGUACUCCACCAGUACAGACUGUAAAUAAACCUGAGUCAUUUGCUCUUCAUGCAGUUUUCCAUACAUAAUCAGAGAUCCUGCUACUCAGAUUUCUGAAAAUCAGAUAUUUUUUGAUUAACAGCAUUUUGUCGCUGGAUACAUUUGAACACUGCAGGACCUCUCCCAGACCAUUUUGACCACAGAUUCAGAGUUUAUCUGGUUAACUUCUCAUUAAGUGUCAUCUUCGUGUAAAUUACUUAGACCUUGAAUUCAAACUUUUAAUGGAACACUUGCUCCGUUUUGCCUGUUCCUUAUUUACCAUCUUUUAAUUUCACAUUUUCAGUUCCAUCUUAUUGGAUACAGUCUGUGUUUUCUGAAAGAGAAUACAGCUGUUAGUUUGAUUCCACUGAAAAUCAGUAUUAAUUUAUGUUUCUAUUACUGCUAAACAGAUGUUAUGGCUUAUGAGUUACUUUUAUACCUGUAAAUUUUAAAGGAGCACAGAAUUAUUAAAAUAGAUUUACUUCCCUUUUUCCAGCGCCGUCGGUCUUGCUUACCUCUCUGCCUUCUGCAGCAUGAUUGCAUAUGAUGGCCAGGAGAGGUGAUUUAAAAUUUCAGUUUCUAAAAAAAAAUGUGCAAUGUUUUACAUUGCAGGCUUAAAGCUAAAGGACCACUGCAUCGAGACCACCUCAUUGUGAUAAAGUAGCCUGGGUGACUAGUGAUAUGAGUUUUCUUUUACAUUUGGAUUUACAAAACGUUGGUUUUAUUUUAUUUGAAAUAAAUUAAGCCUUAUAAGUUUCUUCAUUUGUUGUUCUUUUCCCCCUAUACAAAUAG